GGACGAACAGACUACUGAAGACGAAGACAUCGUCGCCAGAUAUGGAACCGACAAAGCUCCAGUCGAAACUGAUCAAUAUAUCGAAAGAAUUGUCGGUCCUUUAUCGAGCGACGAAACCAAUUCAGAUGUUGAGAUUACAGAUAUUAGAUCUUUAAACAGUGACAGAGGAAAAAGGAAAUCAGGGCAGAAAGUCCAGUUCUCUGACGAUGAGGAUGACGAAGACGCAUACGAGAAGUUCAAAAAUCGGAAGAAGGCAAAACGACAGAAGAUAGCCGCAACGAAGAAGAAACUUAACGAGCAGACCAAAGCUACUAUUGCCGGCAGAAGAAAAACGAAGGAGCAUGGAGGAACGUCAAAGAAGGCGAAGGAGUACGGGGAUGAAUCAGACUACGAGAUGGUUGAUGGGGAAGUCCCGGAAUAUCUGCAAGAAAGGCGCAAGGAAUUCGACAAGAAAUAUCAGAUGCUUAAUAUAGCGGGCCUUCAGCUCCCACCACGUUAUGACGAUAUUGAGUUCUCAGACGACGAGAGACUCGCAGAUCUCGAAGAACGACCAGCUUUCCCCAAAAGUGUUGAGCCAUCUCGACCAUACAAAGACAUCGCGCUACCACAUUCGGCCGGAGUCAUACCUGCUUCCAUCGCUCAGUAUCUGCGGGAUUACCAAGUUGAUGGUGUAGCAUUUCUCCACGAACUGUUUGUCUAUCAAAAGGGCGGAAUUCUAGGUGAUGAUAUGGGUUUGGGGAAAACUGUUCAAGUAGCUGCGUUUCUGACAGCCGCAUUUGGCAAGACGGGGGACGAAAGAGAUGCGAAACGCAUGCGGAAGAAGAGAAGAGCUCCGGAGAAGCCUUGGUAUCCUCGAGUGUUGAUAAUCUGUCCAGGUUCUCUCAUAGAGAAUUGGAAAACCGAAUUAGCCCGCUGGGGGUGGUGGCAUGUUGAUAAAUUUCACGGCACGAAGCAAGAGAAAGAAGCUGUACUUCAAAGCGCAACAUCCGGCCGAUUAGAAGUGGUUAUUACAACAUACACAACCUACAAGAACCACAAGGAACAGCUAAAUCUGAUUAAAUGGGACUGCAUCGUUGCCGACGAGUGCCAUCAAAUCAAAGAACGAUCCUCUCAAAUAACACAAGCUAUGAAUGAGGUUAAUGCUCUAUGCAGGAUCGGACUCACUGGAACAGCGAUACAGAACAAAUACGAGGAACUGUGGACAUUGCUGAAUUGGACAAAUCCGGGAAGGUUUGGACCACUCUCUACGUGGUCAUCUAGUAUCAGCACCCCUUUGAGGAUAGGGCAAUCUCAUGAUGCUACUUUUUAUCAACUCAAGCAAGCCCGUAUAACGGCCAAGAAGUUGGUACAAAAUCUUCUGCCCCAAUUCUUUCUGCGACGGAUGAAAAGCCUUAUUGCGCAUCAACUUCCAAAAAAGACCGAUCGGGUCGUGUUCUGUCCGCUUACUGAUACUCAGAAAGCUGCGUACGAACUGUUUCUGGAUAGUGAUAUCGUUGAUGUUGUUAGACGCUCUUCUGAACCAUGUCCGUGUAAUUCUGGCAAGAAGUCAGGAUGGUGUUGCUACGCAACUUUACCCCAUUCCAAUACGAAGUGGCAGUCUUUGGUUUUCCCCGCGAUUACAACUCUCCAGAAGCUGUCUAAUCACUUAGCACUCCUCAUACCUAAUUCUCAGGACCCACAAGAGAAGCAAGAGCGAGACCUAGAAUUUCUCCAGAAGAUGGUCCCGGAUGGCUGGCAAGAUCUAUAUGCCAACAGAGACUCCCUUUUUAAUCUGGCAAAACCUGAUUUCUGUGGAAAGUGGAACAUUCUGAAGAAACUUCUGAAAUUCUGGCACGAGAAUGGCGACAAAGUCUUAAUUUUCUCUCAUAGCGUUCGACUUUUAAAGAUGCUGCAGCUCCUCUUCAGCAACACUAGUUACAAUGUCAGCUUUCUAAGCGGUUCAAUGCCAAACGAAGACCGCCAGAGAGUGGUGGAUGAGUUCAAUUCCGAUCCAGGCCAGUUUGUAUUCUUGAUCUCUACCAAGGCUGGUGGUGUCGGGUUGAAUAUCACAAGCGCCAACAAAGUCGUGAUCUUCGAUCCAAACUGGAACCCGAGCUACGAUCUACAAGCUCAAGAUAGAGCAUAUCGCAUUGGCCAACUUCGAGAUGUGGAGGUCUUCAGACUUGUUUCCGCCGGGACGGUAGAAGAGGUCGUCUAUGCUCGCCAGAUCUACAAACAACAGCAGGCUAACAUCGGCUAUAACGCUUCUACCGAACGCCGUUACUUCAAAGGAAUUCAGAAUAACAAGGAUCAGAAAGGGGAGAUCUUUGGCUUAAGCAACCUUCUUACAUUCCACGGAGACGAUAUUUUUCUCAGAGACAUUGUCAACAAGACUAAUGUUGCGGAAGCCAGAAAGGGCGUUACUAUGGUUGAAUUAAAUAUGGAGGAUGCAUUAAACGAUGAAGAUAAUCCCUUAAAAGUUGACGAUGAUGAUGGGGAUGGGGCUAUGAGUCAACUUGUUGCCCUGCUCACCGAAGGAGAUGAGUCGAAGCAGAAGAAAUUAAAAGCUCGGCCUAAAAUGGACCCCAUACAAGCCAUUCUUGCAUCUGCCGGUGUGGAAUAUACUCAUGAGAACUCAGAGGUCAUAGGCUCAUCAAAGGUCGAGGCACAACUGAGUCGUCGGGCAGAAGAAACAGGAAACGAUGUGCAAGUCGGUGAGGAGAGGCUAUUCGCUGAGAGCCAGUCGACCGCUGCUGGGCCAGGGGCAAUCCAGUAUCAAUUCCGUCCCCCGGAAGACGUUAUGUUGCGGCAGUUUUGUACGAUGGCGAAGACGUUUGGGUUUUCCAGUGCUACAGAAUUCGCAUUUGUAGUUGAAGGUUGGACCCAGAAGCAGAGAACCGAUUGUUUGGAGAGAUUUUAUUUGAAGAGAAAGGAACGUUUGGCUGAAUUGGAAAGGGAGAAAGAACGGAUCAAAGAUGUUUCUACUCCUGUUUUGGAUGAUGGCGUUGAAACGGAUGAUGGCGAUGAAUUGUGAUAUAUGAUACCCUGGGAACUGGCGUUGGAAGAAGGAUAGAUAUUAUACGUUGCUGUCUUCAGCAUUUAUUUAUUUAUGCAAGCUGUAACCCAAUGAUACUUGUUUGUAUCUUCCGCCACUA